UGGAAAGAAAAAAUAAUCGUAAAGGCCAUGCAAGAAAAGAAAUUGUGUCAUUGGUAAAGGGUUUUUCCAACUACAUCUUCUAUUUUGUUCUUGUGGGGAGGUGGGGGCGUUACACGUUGUCUUUUGGUGAGUUGGUACCAAAGAGCUUUGAGAUUGUGUUAAACAGGCACAGACCCGAUUGGUGUACUCUCAGAAGAGUGAUUGGAUCUCUGUCAGAAAGACCACGCCAAGAUAAAAAUACACAGAAGUGGAAACCAACUGGAGAAGCACAAGAAAUAGUGUGGCCAAAAUCCUAAUACCAUCACAAGUCAGUAAACAUCCCCUUCUAUGGAAAACCAUCCCAGUAAUCCCAGUAAGUAAAUAGACUUAAAUGAUAUCAACCAGUGCCCCAGAAAAAAUGAUUCCUUUUUAAGCCUCUAUUUAAAGCCAAUAUCUUCUAAAAUGAGCAUUGAGUUCACAGAUAUCUUUUGAACCUCAUACGAUGCUUGACACUGUGGGAAAAAAAUCCUAGACGAUAGACUCUGUGCCCUAAAAAGACCUAUUCAUCUAGCAAGCCAUUAACUAAAUUUUAUGUGUGUUUAAAGUGUUUAAAGGUGCAUGUUUGCCAGUGCAGGAAGUGGCACUACUUAAGGCUAAAUAGGGCUCAAUUUUAUUUGGGUCCAUUAAGUGGUGCUGGUUUUGAUUGGUCAAAAUGUUGUGCCUACUGUUUCAGCAUCCUCCGUGAGAGAGAGUGGACAACUGAUGAGAUUUUAACUGACCACUUGCCCUGAGACAAUUGCAUUUGUAGAUAGGAGGACACAGACUUCUGUCCUGGGCGGGGGGGUGGUGGUGGUGGUGGUGGUGCUUCAUGGGCUGGAAAGGCAGAGAAGCUGGAAAGGCUAUUCUUCAAAGUGCUGCUGCGAGUAAGAGGGGAGAGCCUGGGCCAAGCAGGCUGAAGCUGUGGCUUCAGGUCUUGCUGCUCAGGGUUUUAUGGAGCAUAUUCUAACAGGCUUAGAGAUAGAGGCUGGAAGAACCAAGUAAGGAAAAGAACGUGAUGGUUGAGGCUGGGGUCUCAGAGGAGGCAGUCCUGAUAGCAAUCUAUUAGCUAAAUCCAAAUUAAGCAAAUGAAGCCACCCGCUUAAAUCUGAGAGAUUCCAAAGCAUUCAAGCAUGAGAGCUGAAGCCAAAGAAAAGAACAGCAUGUGCUGAACGGAAAUUUGAAGGUUGACUUAAUGUCUGUGGAGGGCAAAUCUGAGUGACGUCGUACUUCUGAGCAGAAUUCAUUUGGAAGUGUGAGAAAGUGAGCUUUGAUGGUCCCUCUGGAGCACUGAGGAGCCCAAGAGUGAAGGCUUAGUAAAUGGCCUAAGAGACAUUCAAUAGUGUGGUGUAAUUCUCAAACUACUUCUUAAAAAUCACCCCCCCACACACACCCCCAAAAAAGUAAAGGAGAAAAAGCUCUCCUCUUCUCUCUGAGUUGCUGCAUGAGUUAUACAAAAUUCAAAGGUAGGGUGAUGUCUGCCAGGAAUGGGAAAGAAGUGGUGCCUGGGUUGUCCUAAAGGUGAACUGCAAAGAGCAGUGGAGGAGGGGGAAGAUUGAAGAGGAGCCUAGAAAGGACAGGCUGUCUAACUGGGAGAAACCCCCCAGCAGGGAAGCCAAGGGCCUGCAUGGUACCUGUCUCUGCUACCAUCCAGAUAUCCAAGCAACAUUAGAAAAUUCACCCCCUUUCCUUUUUCGCAUUGGCUGUCAAGAAGCUCAAAGCUGCUUCUGAACAUUUAUCUGAUCAAGACACAAGCAGAAUAUCAUAAUAUUCUUAUGGCCAACUGAGUUUAAAAAAAAUAAAAAAGGCUGCAGUAGGGCCAGAUGCUGGGGGUUCCAGAGAAUGGGCAUCUAAGGAAUAUCCAUAUUCCAUUAGUGGCAGUUCAAGGAGGUUCUGAAUUAUGAAUUGACCUAUUAUAGGGGUGUGUGUGUAUACAUACACAUAAAACAUCCCAUAUAUAUCAUAUAUUAAUAUAUAUGUUAUGAAUUGGACUAUUACACAUCAUCUAUUUUAGGCCCAUAUAUUGGUCUAUAUUUUUGUUGUACUUAUUUCCUCAUAGUAUAUGGCUUUUUAUCUUUUAUUUCUCUUUACAUAACUUUAUUUGAUGUUAAAUGAAAACUUCCUCAUUUAUUCUUUAGGUAAAAUGUGGAGUACACAUUUAAAAUAAUAUGUCUCAUUCUGUAACUCUGUUCCAGGCACUAUACUUUUCCUUCUGUAAGACCAUGGCAAUAAUAAUCUUGGCCGUGUGGCAAACCCUGCUCUUCUAAGGACUGGAUGAAAUCACUUCAAGUAAAACACUUAGGUAAUGCCUGGCAGACGUUACAUAGUAACUUUAACAUUAUUGUUAUUGUUUUCUCAUUUAAUGCUUGCAGUAGCCUCAUGCGGCGGCUACUAUUGUUAUUUCCCUUUGGAAAGGAAGGGGUGAUAAGAAUACGCAAAGCUUCAUGGAGAGAGACUGCUGGCCCCAUCCUCAUUGUCUGUGAGGCAAGAAGAGGCAAAGCUAGGGUUAGGAGCGAUCCCUGGCUUCGAAGUUUCCGUCCCAAACGUCUAUCCUCUAGGCGCCCCUUGUGUCUGGCCCCCGGGUCAAACGCGGAGGUUGCUUUUCAUGCAAGUUCUGGGGUCACCCCCUGCCCCCGCCCCGACCCAGCACAGCUCUCUUAGUACCGACUUCCUCAGGCUCAGUCCAGGCCAGUCGACUCCAGCUGAUGGUGGAGAAACGCAGAGGUGAGAGUGGCCUCGCCGGUGGGCUCUCUGAGCCUGGGAUGGUUUGGGGGAAUAGGCGUCAAGGACGUGGGGCAAGUUGGCUUCGCGAAGCCAGCAAGGGAAAGGUAGGGAGGGCGUGACAUCAUCUGUUCAAUCAACAGCCUCCCCUGAGGCUUCCAGAAUGCAAAAAUACUCCCUUGAUUCUCAAAGUGGGUGGUUUACUGAUUUCACUGCUUCCACCCCAAAUUGAGAUGCAGCGGCUUUUAGCCAGAUCUGGGCAGGCUCUGGAUGUUAAAUCCAGCCCUUGACUUACUUUUUUCUCUUUUUUUGUAAAGUGAAGGAUAACAGUCGCGGUCCCCUCUCAUCCCUCCGUGCCUCCAGGUUCCCGUCGCUGGUCUGGGCGACCCCGGCGCGCCGCGAAGGGACGACCCGCCCGCCAGGUUUGGGGGCUCCUCCGGGGGAGUCUGCGUGAGGUGGGAUCUGGAGCAGUCCGCGAGCUGGCGGGCAUAGCUCCUCACCGGAGACACUGAAACUGGAGGAGUUUCCCGUCCCGCCAAUCUGAUUUCCUGCGCUGCUCGCCGCCGCGCGCCGCUCAAGACCCGCGGUUAACUGCAAAAGGGUAGUUUGCUGAUCACUGCUGGUUAGAUCAAUACGGCGAGAGCAGAAAGAAAAGAUCCGAAAUACGAAAGCUCCCCGAAGCCGGGAAGGGGAGAAAAACGGCGGCUGACAUCACUCGGGGCGGGGCCGAAAGCCCUAAGAAAAGUCGGUAGGACCCGAGCGGCAGCCGCAGCCAGACACCACCUCAUCAUGAGCAGCCGCAACGGCUCCGAGCUCCACGUCCUCUGCAGCUCCGGCCAGCUGUUCUUGCAGCCCCUCUGGGACCGCCUCAGGACCUGGGAGGCCCUCAUCCAGUCGCCCUUCUUCCCCGUCUUCUUCUCCAUCACCACCUACGUGGGCUUCUGCCUGCCCUUCGUGGUGCUGGACGUCCUGUGCCCCUGGGUGCCCGCGCUACGGCGCUACAAGAUCCACCCGGACUUCUCGCCGUCGGCUUGGCAGCAGCUGCCCUGUCUGGGGCAGACGCUCUACCAGCACGUGGUGUUCGUGUUCCCCAUGACACUGCUGCACUGGGCGGCCAGCCCCGCCCUCCUGCCCCCCGAAGCCCCCGAGCUGCUCCAGCUGGUCCGCCACGUCGUGCUCUGCCUGCUGCUCUUCGACACCGAGUUCUUCGUGUGGCACGUGCUGCACCACAAGGUGCCCUGGCUGUACCGGACCUUCCACAAGAUGCACCACCAGAACUCGGCCCCAUUCGCGCUGGCCACGCAAUACAUGAGCGUCGGGGAGCUGUUUUCCUUGGGUUUCUUUGACAUGAUGAACGUCUUGCUGCUCCAGUGCCACCCGCUCACUGUCCUGACCUUCCACGUGGUCAACAUCUGGCUGUCGGUGGAGGACCACUCGGGCUACGACUUCCCCUGGUCCACGCACAAACUGGUACCUUUCGGGUGGUAUGGGGGCGUGGAACACCACGACCUGCAUCACUCCCAGUUUACCUGCAACUUCGCCCCUUACUUCACACACUGGGACAAAAUACUGGGAACCCUGCGGUCUGCUCGCGCCAAGUGACAUGCAGGCACCGCUCCCGGCGUAGUAGUGUGUGCUGUGGUGAGGGGUGGGUGUACCUCAGACAUUGUGCAUUUCACCCUUGAAUCGGGAGAGACGCCCUUGAGGUUGCUUUUUUGUUUUAUUUGCUGGAAACUUACAGAGAAAAUCUGAUGUAUUUUUCACAAUCUAGUAAUUUAUGGAAUGUUUGUAUAUCAACAAUUAUAUUCUUGAUGUGGAAUUUCAGCUCACUUCAAUAGCCUUGAUAUCUGGGUACAAAGUAUCCAAAAUCAGUGGCGUAUUUAAAUAAUCUCUGAAAGGGUUUGUUUGAAGAACAAGGAGUUUUACUCUGUUUGAAGGUGUCCUAGAACUAGGCUAAAAUAAUAUAUUUUUAUGGAGAAUCUGAUCUGUGACUCUGUAAACAAUGAAACAUGUUCCUGCUGGACAGUGACUAAGAUUAUUGUGCCUUUUUUCUUUGUUUUCAUAGAGCUGUAUAUUUAUAUCGAAGGAAACGUUAUUUAUGCUUUAAAAAAAGUUUUAAAAAAGGACAUAAACCAAACAAGUACUGGCUUCUGGCAUUUUCACUGGCAUUUUGACUGAUAGAAACUGGAAUGAGAAGAGGGAGCUGGGAUGGCAGGUGCUCUUCAGAGUCUGCGUCAGCCCAGCUGUGGGAAGAGGAAUCUGGUGGUGGCAGGUUUGGGGGAGGGGAAGCUUGUAGGAAAGGAGGUCAGAGAAGGGACCUGUUUGUUGGUUUGGGUCUAGAGAUUUCACAGAGGGAAAAACACUGUUGUUCUGGAUGUGUUUUAGUUGAUUUCUGUGUAACAGAAAACUGAUAAAACUUACUCUGUAAAGUUUUACAGAGAGAUUAA